UCAGAUGAUACUAAUCUUACUGCUGAGUUCAGGAGCUGAUGGUUGUGGUAAAACAAAUAAUUUGAACUUUACAACUCCAAGUCCAAUGGAGGCUCUGAGUGGCUCCUGUUUGUGGAUCCCAUGCACCUAUAAACCUGUAAAUACAAAUGAAGACAUAAACACUGAAAACCCUGUCACUGGCUUUUGGUUUAAAGGUGUUAAUGAUAAAAAGGAAACAAAGUAUGUGUUUUCAGUCAGUGGAGACUCCAGUAAGUCUUAUCCCAUGAAUAUCACUGGGAACCUGAAAAACAAAAGCUGCACCACAAUGUUUUAUAAUUUAAACAAAACCCACAAUGACAAAUAUUACUUCAGAGUAGAGAACAGUGGUUUUAGAGCCACAGCUGCUUGUGACUCUCUUCAAAUAAAAGUCAGAGACUCUCCCUGGAGCCCCACAAUAGAAGUCUCUGGUAAACAGACAGAGACAGAGGUGGUGACUAUAACCUGCUCAGCUGUCACUCCCUGUCCACACGCCCCUCCUCAGCUCACAUGGGACCUCCACCAAGGCACUGCCCACAUCACAGAGACCAACGGGACAUUUACCACUAAAAUCACACAGAACAUCACUCUGACAGACGCCCAUGAUGGACUAAUGAUAAAGUGUAAUGCAGCGUAUCCUGUGAGUGGAGGAACAACAGAAACAACAGAAUAUACCAUCACUCUCAAUGUUACAUAUGGUCCUAAAGACACCUCAGUGGAGGUCAGUCCGUCCGGUUCACUGUCAGCAGGUCAGUCAGUGACGCUGAGCUGCUCCAGCAGAGCCAAGCCUCCUGUCCACCACUUCACCUGGUUCAGACACAGCUCACAGGGACCAGCCAAUGUCAGCCAGGGACACACGUACAGCUUCAACAUCUGUGAAGGAGGAGACUAUUACUGUGUGGCCUCAAAUACACACGGCAAUGGGACGUCUCCAGACAUUACACUGCAAAUAACUGCUGCUCCUGGGGUCCCGUCCAUAGAAGUCUCUGGUAAACAGACAGAGACAGAGGUGGUGACUAUAACCUGCUCAGCUGUCACUCCCUGUCCACACGCCCCUCCUCAGCUCACAUGGGACCUCCACCAAGGCACUGCCCACAUCACAGAGACCAGCGGGACAUUUACCACUAAAAUCACACAGAACAUCACUCUGACAGACGCCCAUGAUGGACUAAUGAUAAAGUGUAAUGCAGCGUAUCCUGUAAGUGGAGGAACAACAGAAACAACAGAAUAUACCAUCACUCUCAAUGUUACAUAUGGUCCUAAAAACACCUCAGUGAAGGUCAGUCCGUCCGGUUCACUGUCAGCAGGUCAGUCAGUGACGCUGAGCUGCUCCAGCAGAGCCAAGCCUCCUGUCCACCACUUCACCUGGUUCAGACACAGCUCACAGGGACCAGCCAAUGUCAGCCAGGGACACACGUACAGCUUCAACCUCACUGAAGAGGGACAGUACUAUUGUGUGGCCUCAAAUACACUUGGAAAUGAAUCAUCUCCUGCCGUUACACUGAGUAUAACAGACAGAGACUCUCCCUGGAGCCCCACAAUAGAAGUCUCUGGUAAACAGACAGAGACAGAGGUGGUGACUAUAACCUGCUCAGCUGUCACUCCCUGUCCACACGCCCCUCCUCAGCUCACAUGGGACCUCCACCAAGGCACUGCCCACAUCACAGAGACCAACGGGACAUUUACCACUAAAAUCACGCAGAACAUCACUCUGACAGACGCCCAUGAUGGACUAAUGAUAAAGUGUAAUGCAGCGUAUCCUGUGAGUGGAGGAUUCAAAAUGGCCGACAGUAACGUGACUCUCAGUGUCUCAUAUGGUCCUAAAAACACCUCAGUGGAGGUCAGUCCGUCCGGUUCACUGUCAGCAGGUCAGUCAGUGACGCUGAGCUGCUCCAGCAGAGCCAAGCCUCCUGUCCACCACUUCACCUGGUUCAGACACAGCUCACAGGGACCAGCCAAUGUCAACCAGGGACACACGUACAGCUUCAACAUCUGUGAAGGAGGAGACUAUUACUGUGUGGCCUCAAAUACACAUGGCAAUGGGACGUCUCAAGACAUUCACCUGAGGAUAAAUGACCCAGCUGGUUUCCCGUGGUAUGCCAUUCUCAGUGCAGGUAUAGGCCUCCUGCUUGUCGUCUGUCUAAUUGUUUUUUUGUAUUUCAAACCAAGAUGUCAGGCUCCAGAAGAAGAGGAAGAGGAAGAACAUUAUGUUAAUUUUUCGAUUAUAAAAUCAAGAUUAUGGACCAGGGAAACCGCACAGCCGCAGGAAACGGAAGAAUCGCCUUAUGUCAAUUUUUCUCCAUCGAGACACAGAAGAGAAGAUCGAUGAAGGCUGA